AUGGACAAGAGAAACCAAAGCCCCGGCGCAGGCAAUUUCCAGCGACCAGGCGGCCACGAACAACCGCGUCAGUCGUCGCCCAACUUUGGAGGCUGGCAGUCGCUGGACUGGGUCGUCGGGUUGAAGGUCAAGAUCACGACGGCGCUCGACGACGUGAUUGUGGGAUCGGUGUACACGUACUGCAGCCAGACAAACACGCUGGCGCUGAUAGAGGACGAGAUUCCGAAUCCGUCAAAGCCGGAGCUGAAGAAUUUGCGGAUCGUUAAGACGUCGUUUAUUAGGGAUAUCGCGGUCGUGGGCAGGAAGACGGAGGAUAAGGCGGUCGCGGAUCAGUUGCUGCAGCAGCAGAGUAACGGGCGGGCAGCGGGCGGACCGUUUGCAAAGGUGCAGCCUGCGAUCGGACCGGUGCAGAUUGAGGGUGUUGUGCAAAAGAUGAAGAGCGCGACGAGGUCGGCGGGACAGUCGUUGGCGCAGAGGAAUGUUGCUGUCACUGCGGAGGCGCAAGAGCUAUUUGACUCGCUUUCAAAGACACUGCCGAUCCGGUGGGUGAAUAAAUCGAUCCUCGUGCUGGACGAGGUGAUGAUUGAUCCGCCGUACACGCCCGACUCAUGCCACGCCGAGACCGACUCGCCGGCGCUCGCGAGAAUAAAGAUAGUUGUCGAAGGAGAAAGAAAAAGACAGGACGCCCAGCGCAGGGCAAAGGCAGCGAGCAAUGCGCCGCCAGAGGGAGAGCGCAAGGGAGGAUAG